AUGAAUUAAGAAAGUCUUACAAAUUUCUUAAAACAAAAACCUUAAAGCCUUCUUUAAUAGAAUAAUCAAAUAGGAUCAUAUCGCCCUAAGAGUUAAUAAAAAUAUUGUAAUCAACAAUAAACUUUAUUACGUCCUCCAUCAUCAUAAAUCUAGAGUAUUAAUGGAGCUGUAAAACGCAAGUAAUUUAUUCACAAAAAGAACAAUCUGAUGUUGAAUAGAUAAUCUCAAACUCAAUUACAAUAUUAAUAAAAUGAAGAUCAUAAUUGUUAUGAAAUCACUCCUUAGCUAUUAUCAGAAAUAAGUAUGGAUGAUCCAAUUUGGAAAAGGAUUCUUCCUGAAAAUCUGAAAUUAGAUGAAAAUUAACUCAUUUAAUUACUAGAUGAAAAUACAGAUUAUUUUUAUCAUAACUUAAAAUUGUGUGCCUGUUUUAAAUGUACUUGUGGAAGAUGUAAAUGUGAUGUUACAACUUAAGUCAAACUGAAACUUAAUGGAAUUUUCUUAACAAAUUAUGAUAAAGAUUUUGUAAUCAAUCACAAAUCAAAAAAAAGUGUAACAAAUCCACUCAAUUAAAAAACAUACGAUACCAAAUUUAUGGAUCAAAAAUCUAUAAAUUUAAAAUCACUCUAUUAAUAAGAUUUUCAAUAAUAACCUCUUGAAUUGUAACCAAAUCUAAAAAAACAUUCUAGCCAAUAAAUUGGUUCGGUAUCUAAUCUAACAAGUUACAGAGUAUUUUUCUAUUGAUAAUAUAGUCUAAUUAUAAUGAUUGGGGUACUAAUUAUCAUAAAUUUAUACCCUACCCUCACAUAAGCACAAGUCCUGACAUCAAAUUUAUUGGUUCAUCCUAAUAUAAAGACUCAUAUAUAUCUCCUAAUAGAUGGAACAUUAAUAAUGCACAUUAUUUUAAGACUUGUUUGUAAGUAAUCUUUAAUUAUGAUAGAACACCGAUACCAACUGGAUAAUUUGAAGGAUAAACUACUCAUAAAACUAGUUUCAUUCCAUAUUCAACAUCUCAUAAAUCAUAGAUUGAUCGAUAAAAUGUAUAUAAUAUUUUAAUAAUUAUAGGUUUAUGAAAAGAUACCUACUUUUGAAGGGUAAUUUAUAUCAACAGAAAUGAAUGAUUAUAUUAAAAAGGAUGAUUAGAAUUGUCCAGCUAAAUAAUUUUAAAAGAUAUUUCGUAAAUAAAUGGCAGAUAAACUACUAAAAAAGUAAUAAUAAUUCCUCAAAAAUUAAAUAUAAUAAAAUAAUUGA